AUGUUGACGGGUGGCAUACCGCUCAUGGCACUCAUAAUGGGGAUCAUUUGGGUCCCAUUGAAAAGACAGACCGCCAUUUUUAGCAGCAGUUUUGCGGUUAUCAUCGCCUUUGGUCACAUCGUGCCUAUUCUGCACAUCCCGCACUUCGUGCUUUCUUUGCAGUUUUCGGAGCGAGUGCCGGUCUAUACAGCAUUAUCAGAUGGUGCAAAGACCACCGUGCUCACCAUCGCUAUCUAG